UCAACAUCUAUACUUUUUUCCAGUAAAUUAGAAUGAGACUCAUAGACACAGGAAAUGCCUCUGACCAGUGUGUAAAAAUGAUGAAUUGUGGCAGCUGUGGUGUGGAUGUGAUUUGGCUUUCUUCUUUUCCUCACAAGCAUUUUGAAGUAUUUGUGAUGGGUUGAAUUCUUAAUCUGACUUGGAGUCCCAUGAGAGUCCAUCACAUUUACAGUAUCGGUCACCAUUUCUCUGAUUGUUUCUACUUUUAAAGGAAAUGAAAUAACUAAUUCAACAAUAAUAUCACUGAACAAUUUUGUCUUACUGUUCUCUUUCUUAAUUCAUUCACACUGCAUCAUUGAUUAUUAACUUGAUCACAUAACAGCAUAGUGCACACCUGCUCUGCUUGGGGAAGAAUUAAUCAUGCAGUGUUCCAGGUAAGUGCAGUUGGCCUUCACUGAUAAGGUGCUUCAUAUAUAAGGGUUUCCAGUAAGUAUAGUUUAGUCACAGCUCUCCAGUAAACAACCAGAAGUUAAUUCAAGAAGUCAAGAUGGAUAAGAUCACAUUGUGGAGUUUUCUGCUGUUUUUUUCUGGAAUUCAAGCUUCAAGAACUGCGGCUCAAAGAAAUGCUGAGUUUGCAGUGGAUCUUUAUAAAGCUAUUUGUUUCUCUCACAAGAACAACAUUAUAUUUUCCCCCCUUGGAACAACUGUGCUUCUUGGAAUGGUCCAACUAGGUGCAAAAGGCAAAGCACAACAGCAGAUUCUGCAAACCUUAAGGAUGCAGGAAUCCUCAACAGGAGAGGAAUUUUCUGUGCUGAAGUCACUCUUUUCGGCCAUCUCAAAGAAGAAACAGGAAUUUACAUUUAAUCUUGCCAGUGCCCUCUACCUUCAAGAAGGAUUCAUUGUGAAGGAAGCAUAUCUCCAUGGCAACAAGGAACUUUUUCAGAGUGCUACCAAACUGGUGGAUUUUCUGGAUGCAAAGUCUUGUGCAGAGAAAAUAAGCACCUGGGUCGAAGGCAAAACAGAUGGAAAAAUUAAAAAUAUGUUUUCUGAGGAAGAGUUUGGCCCCCUGACUCGUCUGGUCCUGGUAAAUGCCAUUUAUUUCAAGGGGGACUGGAAACAGAAAUUCAGAAAAGAAGACACAGAGAUGUCAGAUUUUAGCAAGAAAGAUGGCUCAACUGUCAAAGUUCCAAUGAUGAAGGCUCUGUUGAGAACAAAAUAUGGUUAUUUUUCUGACUCAUUCAUGGAAUGUCAGGUUUUGGAAUUGCCUUACAAGGCUGAUGAGUUUAGUAUGGUCAUCAUCCUUCCCACAGAAGAUGUGAGCAUAGAAGAAGUGGAAAAACGAAUUACUGCUCAUCACAUCCGGAGAUGGUUCUCUGAGCUGCAUGAGGAGGAAGUGGAAGUGAGCCUCCCUCGAUUUAAAACGGAGCAAAAAUUAGACUUUAAGGAAGCAUUAUAUUCCUUAAAUGUAACUGAGAUAUUCAGUAGUGGCUGUGACCUUACUGGAAUAACAGAGUCAUCUGAAGUCUACGUCUCCAGAGUCAUGCAGAAAGUUUUCUUGGAGAUAAAUGAAGACGGAAGCGAAGCUGCAACAUCCACAGGCAUCAACAUCCCUGCGAUCAUGAGUUUGACUCAAACUCAAUUUCGAGCAAAUCAUCCAUUUCUGUUUAUUAUGAAGCAUACCCAAACAGAGUCAAUUUUAUUUAUGGGAAGAGUGACUGAUCCUGAUAUCCAAACAGUGAAGGGGAGAGAUUUAGAUUCACUAUGAAUAAAAAUCAUGGUCUCCAAAUACAAGACAACACUUGGAAAAUGGAUGAUUGGUGAAAUGUCAUCAUUUUGAAAAAUUUCUAACAUUGUUCUGAUUAAAACUGUGCCUAUAAAAUAACUGAAGAUGGAUAUAAAUCUUUUUCUUU